AUGCAAAACCAAUCCUACGGGGUCAGCCUUGAGUUAUACCUGGACCCUUUUUCAAUUCCACCUGGAGGAAAGUAUCCCAUAUUUUUCCUUGGUGUUGUCAUUUACUUCUUCUGCAUUUUCUGCAACCUGACCUUGCUGGCUUUGAUUGUUUUUCAAAGGAGCCUUCACAAGCCCAUGUAUUUUAUCCUGCUUAGCCUUCCUGUCAAUGACCUGAUGGGCAUAUCCGCAAUGCUACCGAAGGUGCUUUCAGACAUUGUGAUGGGGACGAACAAGGUCUAUUAUCCUCUUUGUGUUUUACAAGGUUUUUUGCUUCACAUUUAUGGUGGGGGAGUGCUGUUUAUUCUAGCGGCCAUGGCCUUUGAUCGUUAUGUUGCCAUCUGCAUGCCAUUAAGAUACAGCUCAGUCAUGACACCUCGAGCUGUCAUCUCCAUUAACUCCUUGGUUUGGGGUCUUGACUUCAUCCUAAUUGUAUCACUGUUCUUUUUGCAUACAAGGCUUCCCAGGUGCAAAUCUUCCAUAAUGAAUGUCUUCUGUGAUAAUCCAUCUCUACUGAAGCUUGCAUGUGGCGAAACCACAGUUAAUAAUAUAAUAGGGUUGUUCAACACGGCGGUCAUUCAGCUCAUCAGUGUGUCUGUGCAGAUGUUCUCCUAUGUAAAGAUUCUGCUCACGUGCAUGGUUACAAGGAGGUCUGAGACAAAGACCAAAGCUCUCCACACAUGUGUUGCGCAGUUGGUGAUAUUUAUUGUAUUUGAAGUUGUGGGGACUUUCACCAUUUUAUCCCACAGGUUCAAGAAUGUGUCGGCUGACUUGCAAAAGAUAAUGGGCAUGCUGAUCUUUCUUGUACCUCCGCUGCUGAAUCCAAUUGUGUAUGGACUGAAUACAAGAGAAAUACGGAGAAGUCUCCUGAGAGUCUUAAGAAAUAAGGUGUUGGUAUGA